AGAGAGAGAGAGAAAAGAGGGGGAGCACAUGUGUAUGCUUGUCACUAAGGGGCUGGGAGAAGGACUAAGGGAAGCGAGGUAGCUGGCCACAGCCGCCAUAUGCUGACUGGAUUCCUGUUCAUGUCUGCUGUGUGAAGACUGUAGGUUUGUGUUGUGUGCUGGCCGGCUGGGGAACACACCAUGGGAAGCUCUCAUCUCCUCAACAAAGGCAUGCCUCUAGGCAUCAGGCCACCCAUUAUGAACGGGCCCAUGCACCCACGCCCCCUGGUGGCGCUGCUGGAUGGGCGCGACUGCACUGUAGAGAUGCCCAUCCUGAAAGACGUAGCAACCGUGGCCUUCUGUGACGCUCAGUCCACACAGGAGAUCCACGAGAAGGUCCUUAACGAAGCUGUAGGAGCUCUGAUGUACCACACCAUCACCCUGAUGAGAGAAGACCUGGAGAAGUUUAAAGCUCUGCGUAUCAUCGUCCGCAUCGGCAGCGGAUACGACAACAUUGACAUUAAAUCUGCCGGAGAACUCGGCAUAGCUGUAUGUAAUAUGCCGGCGGCCUCGGUGGAGGAGACGGCGGACUCGACGCUGUGUCACAUCCUCACCUUGUACCGACGCAUCACCUGGCUGCACCAGGCUCUGCGGGAGGGAACACGGGUUCAGAGCGUGGAGCAGAUCCGAGAGGUGGCGUCAGGAGCGGCGAGGAUCAGAGGCGAGACCCUGGGACUCAUAGGGCUCGGUCGGGUGGGCCAGGCUGUCGCACUGCGAGCCAAGGCCUUCGGCUUCAAUGUGAUUUUCUAUGACCCUUAUUUGGCUGAUGGUGUAGAAAGAUCCCUGGGAUUACAAAGGGUCAACACACUACAGGAUCUGCUUUUCCACUCUGACUGUGUCUCUCUGCACUGUAGCCUCAAUGAACACAACCACCACCUGAUCAACGACUUCACCAUCAAACAGAUGCGUCAGGGGGCGUUCCUGGUGAACACAGCCAGGGGGGGUCUGGUGGAUGAGAAGGCCUUGGCUCAGGCCCUGAAGGAGGGGAGGAUACGUGGAGCUGCUCUGGAUGUUCAUGAGACAGAACCUUUCAGUUUCAGUCAGGGUCCGCUGAAGGACGCUCCCAACCUGAUUUGCACACCGCAUGCCGCCUGGUACAGUGAACAGGCUUCACUGGAGAUGCGAGAGGAGGCAGCCAGGGAGAUCCGAAGGGCAGUGACAGGUCGUAUCCCAGAUAGUCUGAAGAACUGUGUGAAUAAAGAGUUCCUCACCCAGAACAACCACUGGGCAGGAGUUGACCCAGCUACCGUCCACCCUGAGCUCAACGGGGCUUAUAGGUAUCCCCCAGGAGUGGUGAACUUGCCAGCCGGCGGCCUCCCUCCACCCGUUGAAGGCAUCGUGCCGAGCGCCGUGCCGAUCACGCACACCCUCCCGCCCGCUGUCACCCACCCUCCUCACGCACCGUCUCCCGGACAAAACACAGUGAAGCCACCAGAGGGCGACAGAGAGCAGCAUCCGAACGACCAACUGUAGCCAUGCACGCACACAUGCAACACACGCUUGACCGUGUUGUCUGGAGACUGGAGGAGGUUGGCGCGGCAACCGGUGUCAUAGCGAUAAGUUCCCUAGUGACAUGUUGUUAUCAGACAGGUUCAGUGUCAGAUUGACCGGUUGAGGUCCCAAUAAGAAUCGAUUCACAGCUCUCUGGCGAUUGGUUCCCAACAGCCAGUUCUCUCUCCGCAGAGGAGGAAGAUGAAGAUGAUGAUGAGAAAGAGGAGUGGAUAGCUGUUUGGAGGCUCUCAUCAAAGAGCAAGACAGUUGUCCUCUGCCUCAACCAGAAGUUGAUCUUCUGAUCACAGGCUGAUCUUCACACUCUCUGCCAGAAGUAAAAAAUAAUAACUAUGUGUUGAUUUGGGAAGAAAAACACUGAAUCAGAUUCCGCUGUCUUAGACUGUAGUGUGUCCAAAGUUAGAGGGGCGGGUUUCAUGUCUUUUUCUCUUUUCUGUGUCCUUUCCUUAGUUUGAUGUACAAGCAAAGUUAGUAGGUUAUGAAAUGAAUGUAACCUGUCUGUGUACAGUUUUUAGACUUACAGCAAGAAGAUACUGAUAUUUGUAUUCCAGUCUUAACUAAAACAAAGGUGAUCUCUGUAGCCAAACUGGGUUGAGAAUACAAUAUCUGUUUUUUUUUAUUUGUCCCCAAAUUAGCAAGCCCCCCAAAAAAGAGGCAGCUUUUUGCACACCAUCUCAGGAACUUAAGUUUCCGCGGUUGGUAUUAUUACUUUUUAAGUUUUUUUUUUUUUUCAUCCUUUUUAUGCCACUUAGUGCUUUUGUUUUUCUACCUGCUUGCCUUUUCGUGUCCCGGUACAUUAGAAAAAGAACUUUAACAAGAGCUAAAGUUGUUCUAAUGUUUGCUUUUGUUGGUUAUGUUUAAGGGGCAUGGGAUUUUGCUCUUGAGACUUGUGUAAAUGUCUGACCCAAAUCGAGGGGGUUGAGGGAGAAAAGGCUGUAGAGAGGUGGUGAAAUGGUAUGCUUGGCAGGGACGACUUCAUUCCUUGACGCUAUUUUAAUUUAUAAAUUAACAAAGUGAUGCACUGAGAGUUCGUAAAGGCCUAUAGCUUGAGAAACAUUCUUGUAAAAAAGAUUUUAUCAUGUCUUCUUUCUGUCUAAUGAUCCAGUACUUCCUGUAUUGCACAGAGUGAUCGUGCAGGUCAUGGAGCAUUAACAGUCUGAUGAAUCACUGUGUUGCUUCAUGCUGCUAAAUCAGUAUUUUACUGAGGUUGCCCUUCCAGCUAUAGACACGUCCAAUCAUCUAACAGAGUUGCAACAACUCCACUUUAUUUCCUAAUUGAAGUUCUGAACUUGCUGUACAGAUGUCACAUCCAGUUAAGGGAGGUUAAUGGUUCCUGACAGAGGAACAGUCGUGUGCUUGAAUUCAGGUCAAACCAAAUUUUCAUAUUUUCAAUCUGCAUCCAAAUCAGACUGCACAGCUUGUCAGUUUGAUCACUUUCUAAAAGAGGAACAACCUGCUUGUGAAAACAAAACAAAAAAAGACCUUAAGGUUGUAAGAAAACUUGAGAGAUAUCUUGCAUAUAUGCACAAUGAAUUAAACACAUUUCACGACAGCAUGUCAGAACGUACUGAUUUCUCCAAGCUAGUAUCCCUUUAACAUUUCAAGAUGGGUUCUUCCUGAGUAUACCGUUUAGCCACCCUCUGUGGCCUCUGUGUCUAUGUGUACAUAUGGUGUUCUGCCUGCCUGUGUCAAUGUGACUUGGUUGUAUCUGUGUCUAAAAAAGCAGCACUGGGAGGAGGGGUAAUGGCUAAUACUCUCCACAAGGCAUCAUUACAAAGACUGCCAUCUAAAUACACAACAUUUUCUGAAAAUUACAGACACUUUGAACUCAAUCUCAAACUUGGGUUACCAAAUUCAACUGGUAGUCCUUAUUUACACUGGUUACAUUCCCACAAUGUAAACUAGAUGCUGAUAUUGUCUUGUCAGUGGCAAAAUGUCCAAAACUCUUUUUCUCUCUGGAAUAUUUAUUACUGAUUCCAGUUCAUGUGUUAGUAGGCUGAGUGACGGUGCUUUCUGGAUCCCCUUCUACCAGCAGCUGAGUAGUAAAAACAGUUUACUGUCGCCUACCUGGUCUUCUUCAUGGUGAGGUAGUAAGCGUAGCAAUCAGGGAUGGAAAUUUCACUAGCCAUUGGUGAGCAUCUUACCGCCCAGGUCAGUGUGGAGCUCUCACUGGCUGGAAUCUGAGCGGGGUGUCUAGCACAGAAGGUACUGUCAGGCUAGAGCCCAAAAAUCCUGAAAUUAGUGCUGGAAACUUUAAUCUUUCCUCACCAGAUGCCUGACAUUUUGUGGGAGGGGGGAACUCUUUGCUAGUUUUUCCGAAUAUAAACUGAAAGCAUUCCUUCUUAAAACCGAUGGGUGCCACACACAAAAAAACCCCAACAGACUAGCUUUUAAAGUGUCGAGGUGCUCCUUGAAAUUCCAUCCCUGGUAGUAACACACAGUCCACUGUUGCCUACCUUGGUCCCCUUUAUGGUAAAGUAGUAGGCGUAGCAAUAUACAGUAUACAUAUUCUAUAUUCUACAGUAAAUAUCAUUAUUUUUGGUCAAAACUGACAACAUGACAAAGAUAUGUUUGUGACUGUAUGCAUUUGUAUGAAUUAUUUUAAAAGGAAAUAAACUGUGGAAAGGUGA